GUUUCCUUUUAUAGUGAGCGCAGCGCCGAGUCGCCCACUUCCGGGUUGUCGGCAUGUAGGAUCACCUGGACCCGCCAAAGCCAACCCGUCGAACCCGCACCGAUCCCGCCUCGAUCACGCGCCGAUCGGCGAAGGUUUUGUAUGUGCGAGAAUGGGGAACUUGAUCAAAGUGCUGAGCAGAGACAUCGACAACAACGCCGGAAACUUCUUCUUAGACUUUGAGAAUGCGGAGGCAUCGUUGUCAGAGAAGGAGGCUUGGGAGAAGGUGGACAAGGUGCUGACGGAGGCUCAGGUCAUCCUGGACGAGCUGCAGGCCUACACGGGAGCUGGCGAGGAAAUCCGGCUGGCCAUCCAGAGUCCCAGCGAGGAGGGCGUUCAGGAGAAGGCCUGGUCUGCCGUUCUCCCCCUCGUUGCUAAACUCAAACGCUUCUAUGAGUUCUCCCACAAGCUCGAGCAGAGUCUGCGUUGCCUACUGGACAUCCUGACCGGUCCCGAAGCCCCGCCCACCCAGCAGCUGGAGAACAAACAGGCGCUGGCCAGGCAGUUUGCGCUCAUCCUGCACUUCACGCUAAGAUUCGACGAGCUCAAGAUGACCAUCCCGGCCAUUCAGAAUGACUUCAGUUACUACAGACGAACAAUCAGCCGCAUGCGCAUCAACAACUUAUCUGGCGAUGCGGACGCGGAAGUCAACAACGAGCUGGCCAAUCGCAUGUCUCUGUUCUACGCCAGCGCCACGCCGAUGCUGAAGACUCUCAGCGACGCCACCAUCAAGUUUGUCGCCGAUAAUCCUGAGGUUCCCGUUGACAACACCACCGACUGUCUGAGCACCAUGGCCAGCGUGUGCAAAGUCAUGCUGGAAACACCAGAGUACAGAAGUCGUUUCACCAGUGAGGAGACGUUGCUGUUUUGCUUGCGGGUGAUGGUGGGCGUCAUCAUCCUCUACGACCACGUGCACCCGGCCGGAGCUUUCGUCAAGACCUCCAACAUUGACAUGAAAGGCUGCAUCCGGGUGCUUCGGGAGCAGCCUGCAGGCAGCGUGGAAGGUCUACUGGACGCGCUCAGGUACACCACCAAGCACCUGAACGACGAGGCCACACCCAAACACAUCAGGAACAUGCUGAGCAUCAACUGAACAACAGCGCCUCCCUCUGUUCGUCCUCCACAUUUCACGACAGCUCCUGAGCAUUUCAUGGUUAUUUGGAUUUCUUCUUCUUUGGUCUAAAUUGUUCCUACCUCUCCUGCUGCCAUCUUUACCCACAAGUCAGUGUGACUCGUGCGGGUGGCCUGCAACUGGAAGCUAAUGUUAGCUGAGGCUAGCACCAAAGACGCAAGCCGACGUCAACAAGUUUGGAGCGAUCAUUUCAGACAUGAGGGCCACAUCAACCUGCAGCUCAUGCUCAUUAGGCACAUAAGUAUUCAAUAUUUUUAUGUUAUGUUGUGCUUAGGUUUUGGCUGAAUAAAGUUUUUAUAUCGUUUUGUUUACAUAAA